UAUUUAAAGGACGGACCAGAAGACGUUUCAUGGAAUGUAGAAUGCAAAGAUUUUUUAUUUCAAGAGAAUUUUAUGUUCAUAAGGGGCUCUCCAAAGUAUUUCGAACAACUGCAUAUCUACAAAUAGUCUUAUCUUGCAAAUUUAUCAUCGGUUCGAAUGCGAGACUGUCAAAAAAGCAGGCAACGGUCCCAGUCCAACCGGUUAUUACAAAAUCUGCAAAAAGGAGACAGGUCUGCCAGCUCAUAUUGGACCAGUUUGAACAACAGUACACCAAGGAACUGGGCCCAUUAUGGCUCUCUGCAAGGGCUGUGUUGCUGAACCCUCAGUGCUGGCAGUACGGCGUCAUGCUCAACCGAUUUACUUCAGUGGCAGACAUCACACGGAUCCUCAAGUUGCAAGGCUUCACCAGCAUACUACCCAGCUCAGUUAUCUACACCCCGGACCCUGUUGAUACCCACACACCACAACCAGACACCCAUCCUUCAUCGAUACUCUCGACCAAUCAGUCUCUUCCCUCUCAGAAUUCGCCUGUCCCCAUUCCAAAGCAUAACUCAGAGCCCAGCUCUCACCACCAACCCCCCCCUAUGCCUUGUGCGGACCCAGGCCCUCAGCCCUCUCCAUCCCCCCAUCCCCCUCCUGUCCCCUCCCUGCAGUGCCUGAUCCACACCUCCCCAGUACGGUUUCCCUCCCAGAGUCACAGGCCGGGCCAGUUGAAGCAGUACUACCUUCUCAAUGCAGCCUCCCUCCUCCCGGUGCUGGCUCUGGGGGUGAGGGAUGGGGACAGAGUUCUGGAUCUCUGCUCAGCCCCUGGAGGAAAAGCACUUGCCAUCCUGCAGACUGCUAACCCAGCUCUUUUGUGUUGUAAUGAGGUGGAUCCUAACAGGAGGGAUUGGCUUCUUAAAACCCUGGAGUCCUUUCUUCCUCACUCGCUAAGCAACACAGUCACUGUCUGCAACCUAGAUGGUCGCACAUUUGGGGAAAGUCAGCCUGGAAUGUAUGACAAGGUGUUGGUCGACUCUCCGUGCUCUAAUGACCGUAGUUGGCUGUUUUCCACCCUGAGCCAGCAGGGGGCGUCCAGGCUGAGAGAGAGGAGGAACCUACCCAGCCUUCAGAAAGCUCUGCUCAGGUCAGCUCUUCAAGCAGUGCGUCCAGGGGGUGUGGUUGUGUACUCCACAUGUACUCUGUCCCGUGCUGAGAAUCAGGAAGUGGUGGAGGCCGUCCUAUCGUCUGUUCCGGGGGCGGAAACUGAUGAUCUGGAGGAGGAGCUGGUACUCCCACUCUCAGACCACUUUACCUUUGCUCCGCCUGUUCACGCCCCCAGUGGUAUUCUAGUAGUCCCUCAUCCGGGCAAGACCUGGGGGCCCAUGUUUGUGUCACGCAUCAAGAGGACACACUGAACCUAAGUAGAAAAUGGUGUCACCCAGCCAACACAUCAUACAUGUUUAUUCAUGAUGUACAACAUGAUGUACAAUGAUGGUAAUUGUUCUAUGCAUCUGUGAAAGCAUUUAUUUAUUAUAAGGUUAAGACAAUCUCCAAGGUUAUUUUGGGGGAAAUAUUUGUCAAUUAAAGAGUUGUGGAAAGCAACCAUUAUACAAUUUGAUGGGUUCGGGAUGUCUAGAAAAGUCUGUGCCAGCACAUCACACCUGAGGAAGGUAGAGCAGGUUUACCUGACCUGACCUGAACAAACAAAGCUAAAGCACUAAACAGGCAGACCGGUUCAAACUAAAUUGUACAUGAGUAUACCAGACUACACUAAACAAAACUAAAGCAGGCAGACCAGUCUAGACCAGGCCAUAAACACUGUAAAGGAAAAUGAAGGGAUGUUGAUUUGUCAAGUCAUGCACGACACCCUUUUUAAUCACCGCCCAGUUCAUUCACCCAGGAAAUGAAUAGUCAUAUUCAGACCUCUUGCAGGGGACGCUUUCACCAGUGUGAAUCAAAUGUGAAACCAGGUUUCUUCAAGUGAUUGCAGUGCGAGUUAGAUGACUGCUGGACUGGGAAAUGGCCUUGGCAGCUUCGGCGCUCGCAUCACAGUUGACAUUUAGAACCUCCCUCUCAUCUCUGCUGCUUAAUAAUGUCAAAACCUGUUACCAGCAAUGCCUUCUGGGGGAGAAAGAGCUUUUUCUAGUCGUUGGGCAGUUUGUGGGCAUUAUACAAUAUGUCUACUGUGUCAUGACCUCAGAAAGGCUAAUUGAUGUUGGUUUAGAACACCUCCACUGAACUACAGUCAUGUCCAAAAACUGAG